AUGCCACCCCCACCACCAACAAGUGCAGCAGCUGUAAACAAAGAUAAUGAGGAGGAGGAGUUUCCCGUGGAAGAACCCGUGCCAAUGGAUCCUCUCAUUUCCCUCUUGCAUCUGCGCCAUAUGUAUACUUCACAGUACGUGGAUGCAGACAAACGUGAGGAGGCGAGAGUGGCGAUGCUUAAAGAAGUCUAUGAUCACAACAUGGGUCCCUAUUUACGCUUUCUCUGUGAGUCUUUUGGCUGGACUCUUGAUGAAGCCAAAGUAAAUGAGAUGGAUACUAUUAAUGGAAAGAAAUUGGAGGAAUUGGAUGCACGUAUUAAGGAUGCUCAAGAGAAUCUUGGUGAUGUGGAGGUUCGUGAGGGUCUUCUUGCUAAGUGUGAACAUUUUGCCAGAAUUGGGGAUUUACAAGAAUGUCUUAAGUUUAAUAUGGAGUGUUCUGGAAAGACACUGGCAGCAGGUCCUAAAUUGGAUUUAUGUUUUCAGCGUAUUCUGCUGGGUAUUGCUUUCUCUGACAAUGAAAUUGCUGCUAAUGGAAUUCGUGAUGCACACCGAUUGAUGAAAGAUGGUGAUUGGGAACGACGGAAUCGACUUAAAGUCUACGAAGGUCUUUAUCACGUUUUUAUUCGUGACUUUAAGAAAGGUUCUGAAUUAUUAUUGGAUUCCAUCUCUACCUUUGCCGCCAGUGAACUUAUGGACUUUAAUGAAUUCGUUCUCAUUACAGUGGUGGCUAGCCUCACUGUACUGAGUCGUUCAGAACUAAAGAAACAGAUUGUAGAUAGUCCAGAAGUGCGCAGCGCUAAUAUUAAGGAUGUGUUUCACCUUAUUAAUGUUAUUUACAACUGUCGAUACAAGGAAGUAUUUCCUGCACUCGACACAGUUUGUCAACAUCUUCGGGGUAUUGUUUACCUCGCACAACAUGUGAAUUACUUUUUCCGUGAGGUUCGUGUACUGGUCUUCACGCAAUUCCUUGACUCAUAUAGUAGCGUUACGUUAAACUCUAUGAGUGCAGCCUUUGGUAUUCCACCACCGGUGUUGGAUAUUAUGUUGGGAACAUUUAUUUCAAAUGAACGUAUUGCAUGUAAAAUGGAUCGCGUCUCGGAUAGCAUCACCACGUAUAGAGGAGAUACUACAAACUUUGAUUAUCAUCGUAUUGUCAAGAAUGGUGAUUUGCUUCUAAACCGCAUUCAAAAACUCACACGUUUGGCUGAGAUGUGA